UAGGGGAAGGUCAUUGAGUGAGCUCCAACCGGAAUUUACUGUCAUCAAAACUGAACAUUCGAGUUCUUUUUUAGAUGUUUUAGUCCAUUCAAAUUAACUCUGGAGGAGGCAGUUGCUUUGCUCGAACUCUAUUUAGUUAUUAUGGUCAUUUCAUUCUCAUGGGCUGUUUAUUUUCUGUUCGUUUCUAAACCUGUAAUGGGGAGAUAUUAGAUUGUUUCAAAUGAAAAGAAGCAGAUCUUCAUCACUCGGACUUGGCUAACGUUAACCUGCAUUUGAAGUCUAUGUGAAUGUCACAUUCAGAAGUGAAAUGAGCGUUUUCUCUUGACCUAAUUCACCAGCUAUCUGAAGUUUUUCGGACAGCAAAAUGGACUUCUCAAAAUUUCUGGACGAUGAUUUCGAUGUGAAGGACUGGGUGAAUGGGGCCUUCAAGAUGCAGAAGGAUGCSCCUGGGAAGGCAGAUGCGCACGCGGCGACGCUGGUCAUGAAACUGCAGGUGUUCAUCCAGGAAGUUAACAAUGCAAUAGAGGAUAGCAGUAACCAGGCCCUGCAGAACAUGCCCAGAGUGCUGCGGGAUGUGGAGGCUCUUAAGCAAGAGGCGUCGUUCCUGAAGGAGCAGAUGGUCCUGGUCAAGGAGGACAUUAGGAAGUUUGAGCAGGACACUGUACAGUCCAUGCAGGUCUUGGUGGAGCUUGAUCAGGUCAAGUCUCGCAUGCACCUGGCUGCCGAUGCACUACAGGAAGCGGACAAAUGGAGCACGCUCAGUGCAGACAUUGAGGAGACCUUCAAGACACAGGAUUUGACAGUGAUCUCCUCUAAGCUCACCGCCAUGCAGAACAGCCUAGCCAUGCUGGUGGAUACGCCAGACUACUCUGAGAAAUGUGUCUACCUGGAGGCUCUGAAGAACAGGCUGGAGGCCCUGGCCAGCCCCCAGAUAGUAGCCACCUUCAWUUCCAUGUCUGUCGACCAAGCCAAGCUGUUUGUGAAAGUCUUCACAGAGAUAGACAGAAUGCCACAGCUUCUUGCCUACUACUACAAGUGUCAUAAGGGUCAGCUGGUGGGUGUGUGGCAGGAUCUGUCUCAGAGUGAGCUGAGUCUGAACCAGCAGCUGGCUGAACUCUACGACACCCUGCUCUCCACCUGGCACUCACAGCUACAGUGGAGCAGCCAGGUAUUUAAGAACCCGUACGAGGUUGUGACGGUGCUGCUGAUCCAGACCCUGGGGGCCAUGGUGCCCUCCAUCCCUGUGUGUCUGAGCACGGCCAUGGAGCGCGCCCCCCAGGAGCAGCGGAUGGACACCUUGCUGGAGCUCCACCACACCGCUGCCACCUUCGGCAGGAGCCUGGAGCAAGCUAUGCUGCCACACCUGGGUGAGAACAACUUGCUGAAGGUGAAUGAGCUGGUCAGUUCCCUGUACGACCCCUACAAACCCUACCAGKUGCAGUAUGGCGACCUGGAGAAGUCCCACCUCCUCAUCCAGAUCAGCGCCAUGCCCCUGGAGCGUGGGGAGGUGAUAGACUGUGUGGAGGAGCUGAGUCACUCAGUGGGGAAGCUGUUUGGCCUGGCCAGUGUUGCUGUGGACCGCUGUGUCAAAUUGACCGACGGCCUGGCCGUGUGUGGCCUCCUCAAGGCCCUCAAAGCCCUCUUCACCAAGUAUGUGUCAGACUUCUCCACCACUCUGCAGUCAAUCAGGAAGAAAUGCAGGUUGGAGGACACGCCCAGUGCUGCUGUGUUCCAAGAGGAUUGGACCGCCUUCCAGAACUCUGUCAGAAUCAUUGCCACCUGUGGGGAGUUGCUGAGACAGUGUGGUGCCUAUGAGCAGCAGCUGUCAAACAAGAUCCUGGCCACGGCAGGGAAGUACCUGUCUGAGUCYUACAGCCCUCUGAGCCUGGCGGGCAUCCAGGAGGCCAGCUCCACGGAGAGGAAGACCAGCGGCAGGAACCCCUGGCAGGAYUACAACUACCUGCAGAGGGGCAACAUGGCAGAGUACAACAGCCUGAUGGAGGUCCUCUACUCCCUCAAGGAGAAGGGGACAGGUAACUCCAGUCUUCUGGCUGAGCCCCGAGUGGCUCUGACCCGUCUCAACCAGCAGGCCAAUCAGCUGGCUUUCGACUCUGUCUUCCUGCAGAUCAAACAUCAACUCUGCCUGGUCUCCACAAUGGAGAGUCGAGAUGCAGGAGGUUUUGGAGAGAGCUAUGCUGAAGACCUGCCUACCUUCAGCUUGUCCCCACAGGAGUACAUCACCAAUAUAGGACAGUACAUCAUGUCUUUGCCGCUCCACUUGGAGCCCUUUGUGACGCAAGAGGACCCGGCACUGGAAUUGGCUCUGCAUGCAGGCAAACUGCCCUUCCCUCCUGAGCAAGGUGAUGACCUUCCGGAGCUGGACAACACGGCAGACUACUGGCUGGGCUCUAUCGCCAGGGCGACGAUGCAGACGUACUGUGACGCCAUCCUGCUCAUCCCAGAGCUCACGGCCCACUCUACCAAACAGCUGGCCACCGACAUUGACUAUCUGAGCAACGUGAUGGAUGCUUUGGGCUUGCAGCCCUCCAGGACCCUGCAGCAGAUAGUGACCCUGCUGAGGGCCAAGCCAGAGGAGUACAGACUGACAGCCAAACUGCUACCCCGUAGACUGGUGUCCACCAUCGCUGCCCUGAGGGGGCUGGACCACUGACCACGAUCACACUCUAAACAGAUAUGAUAACUAGAAUCUGGUGUCUGGACCCCUGGUAUGGCAGAAACCUGAGAAGUCUCCAUUUAGGGAUAUUCCCAUCAUGAAAUGGCUAUAAGCAACAUCUGGUUAUCAAAUAUUUAAACUGCUUUGGCAUCAUACUGUUUAUGUUGUCUUUUUUUUWAUAUUGUUUUCUAUUAUGGCUAAUUUCUGGAAAUCAGGGUAGAAAUGGUUUUGUUUAUUUGUAAUGUACUGGAAUCUGUCCACUGAUUUAAUAAACGUCUGGCCUCUUUCUUCAA